UUAAACUUCAAGUUGAACGCUUCAGAGCGAGCGACUAAAUGCUGCCAAAAUGGAUAUAUCAAAAUUAGUAUUCAUUAUCAUUUGCCUGCCACCAGCAUUUGCAAUAGAUGAUGAAAGAGUUUUAUCAAAAAAUCAUCAAAAUUCAGGCUGUCAGUACGGAUUAUUUGGUAAAUACUGCACCAAGAAUAUUCCAGAAAAUCGAUAUUGCGUUGGCGCAAGUGGACCCCAUGGAGAUUACAAUUUUUUAACUGGACUUUGUUUAAAUGGAUGCGCAUUUGCAGGACAGCAACCUCCUUAUUGCGAUCGAGAUUGCGACGAUGGCAAAUAUGGUUUCAAUUGCACACUAAACCAACCCACUAGAACAUGUUUUGGCUCAGGACGUUACGGAUCUUACAACAAAGAAACAGGGAACUGCAUCAAUGGUUGUGCCAAAUCAGGUCUUCAGUCUCCAGGGUGCUCACAAGCAUGCGAAUAUGGAAAAUUUGGGAUGAAUUGCGGCUACAGCUUUACAAAACGUGUAUGCGCCGGUGCAGAUGGAAAUUACGGUAACUAUGACGUAUCAAAUGGAAAAUGCUUGCAAGGGUGCGUGGAACCUGGAAAGGAGCCACCAUUCUGUACAGAGGAUUGCCAAAAUGGAAAAUAUGGGUGGGAUUGCUAUUUUACUGCGUCUCAAGGAGUUUGCGCAGGACUGACUCCUUAUGGCGAAUAUGACAAAGCCAGUGGUGUCUGCUACAAUUGUAUGGAGAUGGGAAAAAAACCUCCAAACUGCAAAGACGAUUGCGACGAAGGAAAAUUUGGCCAAAACUGCCAGUACGACCUUCCUAAAAGCGAAAAAAGGUGCUCAGGUCAUGGCACUUACGGUGAUUACAAUCGCAAGACGGGACAUUGUAGAAUAAGUUGUUUGAAACCAGGUUUUUACUUUCCGCCUUGCAUUAAAGAAUGUACUCGUGGCCAUUUCGGAUAUAAUUGUAAAGAUAAAUUGCCAACAACUAAAAAAUGUUCCGGUGCAACACAGUUUGGAGAUUAUGACCCUGCAACAGGAAAUUGUAAAAGUGACUGUGACCAACCUGGCGUAAAAUUCCCUGAAUGUGAAAAACCUUGUGAUGAUGGAUGGUUCGGACGAAAAUGUCAUUCUACUCUAAGGAGUGGAACAUGCGCUGGCCCGAAAUGGGGAAAUUACGACAAGAAAACAGGACAUUGCAAGAAUUGUGCAAGUCCUGGUUAUAAAAUGCCCUCUUGCACCGAGCCGUGCGAUGAUGGAUUUUAUGGACAUAUCUGCAAUCAGAAGUUUGCAAGGGAAAGAUGUGCUUACCGCCAGAAUUACCAAAAACACCUUGCUGGGUAUGGGGAUUACGACAGAGCAACAGGAAAUUGCACCAGUGGUUGUUCCGAACACGGCCUCAAAUUUCCUGAAUGUGUAAAAGAGUGUGAAAACGGAAAGUAUGGACUAAAUUGUGCCUCUCAACUCGCACCUGGAAUGUGCGCUGGACAGGAAAUAGGAAAUUACAAUAAGACAAAUGGGCACUGCAAGAGCUGCGCAAAAAUGGGCUUUAAAUUGCCCUUUUGUAAUCAACGUUGCGACUCUGGAUUGUAUGGGCUUAAUUGCGACUACUCUGUAGGGGACAAGUGUUUAAAUGGCAAAUACGAUACGAUAACAGGGAACUGCACCGUUUCUUGUACGCAUUCGGGGUUUCAAUUUCCCUCGUGUGAAAAAGAAUGUGAGGGAGGAAAAUACGGAAUAAACUGCAGGGAGCAACUAAGAGAGAAGAAGUGCUCAGGUGCAGGAAAUUACGGCGAUUACAACAAGGCAAACGGAGAAUGUGUGCAAUCGUGUGCAAGGCCAGGCCUCCAAUUUCCACAUUGCAAAAAGGAGUGUGAUGGAGGAAAAUUUGGACUCAAUUGCAACGAGAUUAUUAAGUCCGGGGCUUGCGCAGGAAAAACGGAAUUUGGAGAAUAUGAUAAAGUGAAUGGAAGUUGCAGUUUGGGUUGUAAGGAGAUUGGCAUUCAACCGCCAAAGUGUAUCACAGAAUGUGAUAAAGGAAGCUUUGGAAUGAACUGCAAUGAAAAAUUCGACCCUUCUGUUUGCGUGGAUGAAUCUUAUAAUCGCACCACAGGUUUAUGCUUAAACGGGUGCUCUCGUGAGGAUUUGAUACCUCCGAGUUGCAUAGAAGAAGUAACAAAUUAUUUACUUGUUGGAGCAAUCGUAGCUGUUUUUAUUUUGCUGUUUCUAAUAUUGGCGUCUAUUAUGGUUUUCUGGAAACGAAGAGCUACCUGCUGGCUGAUAAACAUGAAUCGUUUAAUGGAAUCAAAAGAAGAAGUUCUGGUGAAUAUUCCUUUAGGGCCCCUUUUACCUGAUGCUUCAUCAAUUCCAUCUGACCAGGGAGAAAAUUCCAACGAAACCACCAUCAUCAACGUCGCUAGUUUUGACGAAUAUUUGGAAAUGGCAAUCAAAUUUGACUUGUUUAAAAAACAGCACGUUAAAUUUCCUCGUGGACAAACAAAAUCAUGGGACGUAGGAAAAUUAAGUGAAAAUAAAUCGAAAAAUCGAUAUGGAAAUCUGGCCGCCUACGAUGAGACGAGAGUAAAGCUGAAUUUUCAAACAGGAUUGGGACAGAGUGAUUACAUCAACGCAAAUUUUAUUGACGGCUACAAAAUGAAAAAAACAUACAUUGCCACUCAAGGACCGAAGUCGAACACCCUGGUCGAUUUUUGGCGAAUGAUAUGGCAGGAACAGGUUUCCUUGAUCGUGAUGGUCACAAACUUAAUUGAGAAUGGAAAAACAAAGUGCGAAAAGUACUGGCCUGAGGAAAGACAGUCUGUGUGCGUCAAGGGCCUUCAGGUUCAGAGCGUUAAGGAAGAAAUUUACCCCGAUUACACAAAACGCACCAUGCGACUCAUGAAUGGAGACCAAAAUCGUUUGGUUGUGCAAAUGCACUACACACAAUGGCCUGACCACGGAGUGCCUUUCUACGCAAAGUCUCUUGCUUGCUUCAUGGAAAAAAUUCUGGAAAUCAAAUCCGAUAGUCCAGUUGUGGUUCAUUGCAGUGCCGGAGUUGGUCGGACGGGAACCAUAAUUCUGAUUGAUGCUUGUCUUCGAAUGGCGAAGGCAGAAGGUUUUUUUAACGCUUUUGAUACGUUGGGCAAAAUUCGCGCACAAAGGGCAAAUUUGGUUGACAACGAGAUGCAAUAUCGCUUCGCUCACUUAGUUCUAUAUGAGGUCCUUUGCGUGCCAAAUUAUGAUGUGCCUUGCGGCAGAUUUACGGAUGAGAUAAAACAUUUAUUGGCAAAUGGCAAAAAUUUACUGAAUCAGCACUGGCUGGGAAUUAAUAGAAUUUGCACAAUGGAUUGGCAACGUCUUCAGGCGCAAAGCGUAGUUUCGCCAGAGAGAUUUGGACUCCACGACUAUCCCGCUGCGUCUGACAAGUAUUUGAAACUUUUCCCAAGUCAGCCUACGGAACGGAAUCUUAGAUUGAUCAACGCGGUUUUUGUUGAUGGUUUCAAAAAGAAAAACAAGUUCAUCUGCAUUCACACACCAACGCAAAGCACAAUUGUGGAUUUCUGGCAAAUGAUAGAUCAGUAUAAAGUUGAACACGUUAUUGUACUAAAUGAAUUUCAACCGAACGAGAAUGAUUUCCUACCUUUGGUCGAAGGACGUCGGCUCUGCGCGGGUGACAUUCAAGUAAUCCUGAAAAAAACAUUUCAGUUGAAACGCUGCACAAUCUUAGACAUUGAAAACUCUAAGGGAAAUUGCUUAAAAGCAGUUUGUUUUGCUGGUUGGCCUACACAAAACUCGAUGGUUGCUGACGUCGAAUCUUUGGUUGAGUUGUGGGAACAAACGGAAAUUGCAAGCUUGGAGAAGUCUAGUGUUUUGGUUUGCAAUGAUGGUGUUACGGCCUGUGGGUUUUUUGCAGCACUGGGCUUUGUGCUCGAGAAAAUAAAACUUGAACAGAGGGUUGACGUGGUCAUGGCUGUCCGUUGCAUUCGGAAUGUGCGACCCGGAUUCAUUACAGGAAUCGUUCAAUUCGAGAUGUUGUACAAAGGAGCAUUAUCAUAUUUAGAAAAGUUUGAAACCUACGGCAAUUUCAAAUAAUUUAUGCAUGAAUAGUUUAAAUUGCUCAUUAUAUGUAUUAAAAACAUCUAUUCUACUUCUCAUAACUGAAGAAUGAAAGAGAAGAAAACAUAAAAUAUUUUCAACUGUCAUAAAUGCUGUUUAAUAAUGUUUGCAGAGCAAUAACAUUACACUUAAUUUUCGAACGGAAAUUGAAUGUCUGAUUUAAAAAUAUAUGUAUACGCCCAUAAUCAAACAUAUUUCUUUUUGUAAUUAUCUUGAUGUUAUUUUGUGGAAUAAUAUUGUUAUAAAUACAAAACAGAUAAUGAUGUAAUAAAAAAAAACAUUUUGUUAAAACAUGGAAAUUUUAGUCAUAUUUAUAGAAUGUAGGAUUUUAGGUAAUGGAAAAUAAAAAUAUUUGUAUGUUUACCAGACACUUCUUUGUAUCUAAAGAAG